AUGAUGCGGUCUCUGCUCAGCACACACUCACUGCCUCUGCUGCUACUGCUGCUGCCACCACUGUGCUUUCUACAAGUGGAUGACAGAUUCUUUUUAUCAGAUGAUUUAACAGAAGAAUUUGAAGAAUAUGUGGAUGAAUUUCAUGAUACGGGUCCUACCAGAGCACCUACCAAAGAAAAAUUCAUAAAGAUCAUUCUUGAACCUGAAAGACCUCUCACAGAUUCCACAUAUUGUAGUGAUGAGAUCAAGUUUAAAAAUAUCCACAAAGGUCUCAAAUGUUUUGUAGAACACUACUUCUUCAAAACAAAAUAUGAAGAGAUACAAGAUCUCUGUUACAGUACAUUUGUGAAAUGUAAGAAUGGAAUUAGAAGAUGUCACAGGAGCAGGAAAUUAAUAGAGGGACCAUAUUGUAAAUUAAAAAAAGGAAACACAAUGCCAAAUUGUGAAUAUGAAUCAUUUUACAGGAAGGUAUAUGUCCUUAUCACUUGUCAGUGGCAAAACAAAAUCCAUGAACUUGUUCCUGAGAGUGUAACUGACAUGUUACCAUCCACAUGA